UCUGAACCCUUACAAGAGAGAAUAGAAGCGUGGAGGUCACGUUUUAUACUCCACUUUCGAAAGUUCAUCAAACUUCAUAAGCUGGGGAAAACAUGAAGGAAAGUUGUCUCGAGAGAGAGAAUACUGGAAAUGAUAAUGUAAGAAGCGAGGAUGAAAAAAAGUGGACCAAGAUGAGAGAGAAGCAGAGGAGAUCCAUCGCCACCAAGAUCUUCCAAGGCCUCCGCAGGCACGGUGGCUACCGCCUGUCUCCUCGUGCUGAUAACAACCAAGUCCUCCGUCAUCUUGCCCAAGAAGCUGGAUGGAUCGUCGAGCCUGAUGGCACCACUUACCGCUCUGCCACCAACACUACCACCAUCAGCAGCGGAAUUAAUGUUUGUCCUCUUUGUGCUCGAGGAAGAAAACGGGCUAUGCCAGUGCCAACCAGCAGCUUCAAGGGAGCCAAUGCCGGCAUUGGUGCUGUCACCAAUGAUGAUGGCAGUGAAUGUCUGACGGUGGCCUCCCCUUGCCACAUAGGUCCCACAACCCUCCAUCACUCCUCCUUUAGCCUACCCUUUUGUGGUGGAUUCAGCUCGAGUAGUACUACUAUUGCUGCAACUGCUAGUUCUUCUUCUUGUCCAUCGCAUUGCACAGAGGCAGUUAGGGCUGCUUUCACCUGUGGAUCGCUUCACAGGCCCUCCACCUAUGAUGCCACCACUUCCAGUCAGGACACGCCCGUGGGAUGGCCUCAAUCCCUCACUUAAAUUUCUUAAGCCAGGCACCUCUUAACUACUUGCACAAGUACUUUCAUGCUUUUCAUGUUAUGGUUUUACAUGUAAGACAUAUUAUUUGACUUCAGUGUGACUAAAUAUUCUAGAAUCUUGGGAACGUAAAGUAGCCAAUCCUAUAUAUCUGGAUUGCAAGUUUUAUGCACUAGGUUCAAUCAAUUUUGGACAUA